AUGCGUCGCUGGCUGCUGCUCGCCGCCUGGCUCGUCGGCGCGGCGAGCGUCGAGGACGAGGUCGUCGUCUUCCUCGCCGUGCGGUCCAAGGGCAGCAACGCGCGCCUGCGGUCCGUGCUGCGGCGCACGUGGCUGAGCCCGCGGCGCGGCCUCGGCUACCGCUUCUUCUCCGACUCGACGGGCUGCUGCGCCGACGAACGCGACGUCGUCGUGCGCGACGCGACAUGGACGCACCGCGAGUUCGAGCUCAUCUACCCGCCGUCCAUGGACCUCAAGCAGAGCGCGUGGUCGGGCAUGUACAGCCGCGACUGGGAGCUGAACUGCGCGGCCUGGGCCGUGCGCUUCGCCCGGUUCCGCUUCAUCGCCCACACGGACGACGACGCCUUCGUCUGCGCCCGGUCCAUGGUCGAGAUCCUCGGCGCGCUGCCGGUCCCGACGCGGGGCCUCGUGCUCGGCUGGAACCGGCGCGACGCCUUCGACAACUGCCUCGUGCUCGUGAGCCGCGACGUCGCCGACUACUUCGCGCUCUACUACUACGAGAAGCUGCGGCCGGCGCAGAUCCGCAACGGCGUCACCUACGGCAGCGGCUGGUCCGCGUCCAAGGGCGACUGGCGCGCGCGGCUCGUCGAGGACGGCGUGCCCCUCCUCUUCCGCCAGGGCUUCAACAAGGACCGCGGCGUCCGCCUCGUGGACCACCACACCUACCCGGACGUCUGGCCCCGGACCGUCGCGUCCGUCUACCUCGACGCCGACAUGGACGCCGCGGUCGAGGCGGCGCCGGGCGUCCUCGGCUUCGGCCCCCGGGUCAACACCUGGGCCCACUACCGCGAGAAGCUCCAGCGCCUGAGCACGCCGGCGGAGAAGCUCGCCCUCGCGACGGAGUCGGCGGCCCACGGCCGCGAGCGCUCCGACUUCGCGCCGCCGGCGGACCCGCGGGGGUUCUGCCGCGGCCGGCUGCACUUCGACAAGUUCAAGAGCGGGGCCGUCCUGGACUGGUUCUGGCGCAAGGUCGCGGCCCCGGGGGGCGACGCCGCCGCGGACGCCGCCGCCGCGCGGGACGCCGCGGCCUACCUCCUCUACAACGGCCCCGCGGCGCCGGCCGCGCCGACGCGCUACGCCGAAUCGCGCGUCUGGGACGCGACGCGCGGCUGGCGCAACGGCACGUGGUACGACGCGCUCGGCGUCGACGCGGCGACCGUGCCGGCCCGCGUCGCGGCGACCUACGCGGCGCCGCCGCCGAAGCCGCCGCCGGCGCCGGACGUCGACGGCGCCGCGGUCCGCCGGCGGACCCGAUGGCCGCGCGCGGCGCCCGAGCGCCGGCGCGACGCGCUCUGGCGCCUCUUUACCGCGCGGACCUGCGCCCGCGCGACCGUGGCCGCCGCCUGCGCCGCGAGCGCCCGGCGGAAGAUGCCCUGCGACCGCUGCCUGCCGUGGCACGCGGGCAUCGACCCGCGCGACGACUGGGUCGACAAGCCGCUGAACCGGCGCCCCGCGCCGCCGCCCCACGCGCCCGACGACGAGGCGCUCGUGGUGCCGCCCCGCGCCGCGCCCUGCGCCGGCAGCCCGCGGGCGCCGCCGGCGCAGAAGCGCUACCCCUGGCUCCUCUUCGCGCGGAAGCAUCGAGCCGCGUCGGCCGCGGGCGCGGCCGCGCUCGCGCGCGCGGCGGCGCUCAGCGCCGCGCUCAACGCGCCGUCGUUGUUUCCCAUCGUCGUCUACCUCCACCACGGCCGCCGCGACGUCGAGGACGACUUCACGCGGUUUUUGGACGCUCUGGGCGUCGCGUGGCUUCCCCACCGGCUCUCGUUCGCGGACGAGCUGCCGGCAGACUUGCGCGACGUGCCGCUCCACAGCUUCGCCUGGAUCGACGCCGCGGCGCUGCUCGAGGCGCUGCGGCCGGAGUUGGAGGAAAGAGGCGUCGGCGACGGGCGGCGGGCGCUCGUGACGUCCGCGGGCGUCCAGUUCGCGGGCGACGUGAAACUCGACGAGAUCACUUUCUGCGCGGAGCGCCGCGCCGCGUGCCACGUGCCGGGCCGGCCCCUCGUGGAGACGAACUGGGGGACGAAGCGCUGCUGCGGCGACGCGGCGGGCGCCGUCGUCGCCGUCGGCACCGAGGCCGCGGGCACGGAGAACCUCGGCGGCGAGCUCGACGCCGCGGUGUUGAUGGUCCUCGACGCGCCGAGGCUCGCCGCGAUGCGGGCCGACGUGCUCGACCUCGCGCGGCGGCGGCGCUGGCGCGUCCCCGACGAGCGCGACCUCAUGGUCGAGUGGUUCGUGCCCGGCCGCGGCGGGCCCGUCGCCUACUACGACGAUUCCGCGUACGCGGCGCGCGCGUUCGCCCACCCCGUGACGCGGCUGCACCGAAAGAAUUAUUGCGGAUCGAUGAUGGGAUCCGAGCGGGCUGCUGCACCACGCAUCGGCCUGCUGUUCGCGGCGGCGUGCGCCGCGUCGCCGCCGCGGUUCGCCAUCGCCACGACGAUGGCGGGGCGCCGCUGCGACUUCGACCGCGUCGCGCGCACGCGCAUGUGGCUCGCGUCGCUGCGGCGCACGGACACGAACGCGACGGUCGUCCUCCUGGCGUCGGGCUUCGACGGCGGCGAGCUCGCGCGCGCGUUCCGCUCCCCGGCCUUCGACCGCGUCGUCGCCGUCGCGCCGUCGGAGCUCCGCUUCCGCGCGCGCCGCGAGGGCGACGGCCUGCUGCCGCCCGCGCUCGCGCCCGGCCGCGGCCGCGACUCGGCGAUCCAGCCGCGCGACGACGGCGCCGGCACGACGCUCAAGUUCUGGGCCUGGGCGCUCGCGGACUUCGACGGCGUCGUCGUCGCCGACGCGGACGUCUGCUGGAACGGCGCCUUCGCCGGGCCCUACGGCCGCGGCGGCCAUCGGCCCGCGGCCCGGUUCCACUUCACGUCCGCGCACGAGCUCCAGGGCUUCAUGGCCGAGCUCCACCGCCGGCGCGCGCCCUUCGCCGCGGCCGCGGAGCGCGGCAACCGCGACUACGACGGCUUCAACAGCCACCUGUUCUAUGCCCGGCCGUCGCUCGACGUCUUCGCCCUGCUCCGGGACAAGGCGGCGUCCGGCGACUUCGUGCCGUACACGAACACGGAGCAGGACGUCUUCGACACCCUUCGAGUCGGCAUCAGACCGCCGACGCACGAGCACACGAAGGGCCGCUGCGCCGGGAACGACGAGCCGUCGUCCCCGACCCACGCGGCCACGGGCGAGUUCGCGGAGUGCUACGCGAGCCGGUACCCGGAUCUCCACGACGCGUUCUGCCGGCAUCCGUCGGGCUGCGACAUCAGCGCGCUCGGUCACCACUACCGAGACCGCGGCGCCAGCGGGGGGCGGAUCUUCCGCUGCGGCGGCUGCGACGCGUGCAACUACACCGUCUCGGACGAGGGGCGCACCGAGUGGGCCGCGUGCGGGAGAUAA